AUGUCGUCAAGAUACACGUCCUCGUACACUUCUCGGUAUGGAAGUGGCGGCGAUUAUGGCUCCAGCUCGUACAGUAGCAGCCGCGACCGGGAUACUAGUAGCUAUCGGGACAGAGACUAUUGCUCGUCGUCUCGCUAUUCAUCGAGACCCAAAUAUUCGAGCUAUGCUUCCAAGUACACUACGGACCUUGGAAAAUCUACUGAUAGUAAGCAAAUGCUAUUUUUUUGUCAGUUUCUAUCCUCUACUUUCCGCUUCUUAAUUCUUCGGCUUUUUUGGUUAUCUAUGAUUCUCAUCUGGUUUGUAGUACCCAAAUGGAAGACUACACCGCUGCUGCUCCAAUCGCCAAGGACGAGAUCGAAGAGCUGUCUUAUGAUGACUCCAACCACCCCAACUGAGGAGUUCGUCGCUGCUCCACGUGAGGUGCUCCAGGAGAGCCAGAUUUCGGACUUUGUCGAAGAAGAGGACGACGCCGACAAGGCCAACGAGGUCGAGGAGGUCAAGUUGACUCUCGAGUCGCAAGUGGAGUCGGAGCAAGAGUCCGAGGUCGAGAACAACGACGACGAGGACGAAGUUCGCAAGGCUCAGGAGUUACUCGCUUCGAGCACUCAGAUUCGCGAGGAUUCGCCAGUCGCGUCGCCAGUCGCUUCGCCAGUCAAGGUCUCGUUCGCUGCUGAGACUUUCGGUGCUCAGGAUAAUGGAAACGAGGCUGAGAAUCGCACUCCGAGCCCAACUGUGCUCAACGCUAAGAAGCUUGGAGGGAUCCCAUGGCCACCAAAGGCUAGCGGCGAUGUCAAGAAAGAGGGCGGAGACGUUGAGGUUCUUCCGAAGAAGCGCGUCAGCGAUCUUAUUGCUCGCUUCAACACUGGAAUCUCGGACGAGUCGAAGAAGACCGACGACUCUUACAAGAACGAGUACGGAGCUGGUUCCAACGUUGGGAAGGUCUCCACCCACAACUUCGCCUGA